ACAGUCUGUGCACACCGUCUGCAUUUGUGACUUCACUGUUAAGUCUUUUAGAAGUUGGCGAGCUUGUAUUGCGUUUAACCACGGUAAUUGGAACUCUUUAUCUCAAACUAGAUGGAGAGAGGACCUCAUUUAAAUUCAGAAGGACAGGAAUUUCCGAGAGAGGAGCAGGAGGAAGACGACAACCUUAACGAAGGAAAUGAUGUCGGAACUGAUCUAAUCGCCGAGCCAAAAGCUCGCUCAGCGGUCCCUCCCUCAUCAGAUGCGUCAUCCAGCGGGGACAGCGUUGAUGAGGAUGUGCCUUAUACUUGCUGCUGUCUGUGGACGCCAAAAUGGGCUCAGCGGUUGGCCUCCCCGCUGUUCUUCCUCCUCGGUGUCUGCUUGGUGGUCUUCGGCGACGCAGUAUCCAUGGGAGUUUUCACCGGCACAAUCACGUCCAUCGAGACCCGCUACGGUCUCACGGCGGCAGACCUCGGUAUCCUGGUCACAGCCUACAGCGCCGGCAACAUGGUGGCCCUGCCGUUCAUGGCGUAUUUCGGCGGGCGUCGUCGUGCCAGCCGGCCCCGGUGGAUCGCCUCGGGGACCGUGGUGAUCGCCGUUGGUACCAUAGUGAAUGCCUUGCCCCAGUUCAUAUUCGGCAAAUACGACGCUGUCCUCUCAAGUGACCAGAUCGACAGCCUCACUUGUACGACUGACAGCGAUACUGACCAUUGCGGUUCUUUCGACACAGUCGGUACAGAAAACAGUGCCGCAUUCUGGAUCAUGGUGUGUGGGUCUGUCGUAAGCGGUGUGGGCUAUGCGGCCAUACCGACCCUCUCCUUGUCUUACAUUGACGACAACUGCAGCACAGCCACCACCGCAAUGUAUGCAGGCAUCAUCGAGAGCAUGUACGGCAUCGGCUCCAUGAUCGGCUUCUUCAUCUGCUCCUUCACCCUGUCGUUCUGGGUAGACUUCUACCGCGUGGAUCCCGACACCGUCCUACCUGCCCAAGACCACCCGGCCUGGGUUGGCGCCUGGUGGUUGGGCUUGAUCUUCUGCAGUCUCUUUUUCGUGCUGAGCUGCCUGCCGCUCCUCGGCUUUCCGAGACGGCUGCCUGCCCGCUUCAAAAAGGAAUGCACUGCCAAAGCGAUUGAUGGGAGACGGACUGGACUCGACGAGGCACAUGACCCCGGGGAAGGCCAAGAAUUGCGUGAAAAAGACAACGCUGAUCCGAUUUGUGAAAGCGGUAACGAAGAGGAAGGGCCGGUUAAGGGUCUUCUGAAAACCUACCUUCGCCUGUUGAGAAACCCCAUAGUAAUGUUUAUUACAGUGGGCAUGGCCUGUCAGAUGCUCCUUGGGUAUGGCUUUGGUACUUUCUUCGCCAAAUAUCUGGAAAGUCAAUUUGAAAUCACCUCGUCGUUAGCCGAUCUCCUCACAGGUGUGGCUCUCGUACCGUCUUACGGUGUGGGCUGGGUUCUUGGCGGAUUCAUCGUCCGUAAGACGCGGAUGGAAUACACAAAGAUGGUCUUCUUUGCCCUGGGAUCAAUCCUCCUUGGAGUGACAAUUUUCAUCUUUUUGUUGUUCUUCGGCUGCGGUAACCCUCAAAUAGCAGGAGUGAACGUGGGAUACCAGAGUCAAAGCUUGCACGAAAUUUCCCUGGUUGCCGACUGCAAUGCAAAUUGUAGCUGUUCGUCGGCUUCUUACCAACCAGUCUGUGACGAAAUCAAUGACGUCAUAUAUUUUUCCCCGUGCCAUGCUGGCUGUAACGACACAACCGGUGACCGUUCGUACAGCAACUGCUCGUGUCUGUCUACUCCGAGCGUCACGGCCGUCGCUGGGCUGUGUGAUUUCCACUGCAAUCGCCUCGCGGCUUUCAUAGGCCUGGAAGUACUUCAGACGAUGGCGUUCACUGUGGCUGGCGUGCCCCAAUUGCUUUUAGUACUCAGGUUCGUGGAUCCUGCGGACAAGACUGCUGCUCUUGGCCUGAAUCGACUUUGUCAGGGUCUUGGUGGUUUGGUAGGACCUUUGAUCUACGCCGCCAUUGUCGACAUGUCGUGUCUCGUGUGGCAAGCUGAGUGCGGGCAGUAUGGUGCCUGCCAGGUCUACGACAUCGAACUUUAUCGCAAACUCUUCAUGGGCGUGUCUCUGAUCAUCGGUGCCCUUGCGGCGACUGUUUUGUGUCCCGCGUAUUUCUUCAUUCGUAGGACCGUUCGCAAACGGGCUGAGGGAGCCUCACCGAGAGGAGAUUUAUACAUCAUACUCAAAGAUGUGAAAAAAGUGGAUGACAGUGAAGAACCUUAAGCAUGAAAGAGCGUCUUGAAAAUCGAAACAGUGACUAAGUGAUCGCCGUGAAAACGGGUCAGUCCUUCGAUAGGAUAAGUUCAAAGCCCAAAAGGGUUUGCCACUUUGGUUGCCGACGAAACUUUAUUAAACCUCUUUAAACUGUAGCCACACCCUCGACGCAGUGGGAGACCCCUGGAGCUGCAUUCAGCUUUAUCUUACGAGAAUGGAUUUGUAAAAAUGAAACCCUAAACAUGCAUCAGCAUGAUGCCGCUGCGCUCUCACAUCUUGAAUGGAACUUAUACCAGACAGUAAUUGGACCCUGUAUGCUUAGAGUUUAGAAAUAAUAUGGUCAAAAAUAGAAGUAUAUGUUGCAUUAAAUAUAUCACGAAACAAAUUCUAUAGGGAAACUGACCAGAUGCUUAUAAGUGAUUAUAAAGAUGAACAAAGAAAUUGACUGGAGUGGGAUUUGAAUCUGCGACCUCCGGAAUACCGUACCGGUGCUUUGCCAGCUGAGCUAUCCAGCCCUGUGUUGGUGACUCUUCCCAUUUUUCAGUAUCUUUGUUCGUUCGGGGGGGGGGGCCGCUGGCCAGAAGCCAUUAAACCUGAAACACCAUGUAGCCAGGGAUCACGCCCUGAUAACACGAUACAACCUGGGGAGUGGUGAACAGCAUCACUCGGAAAGGAUACUGCUUUUUGAACAUAAAACAUGAAACAAAUUAUAUAUAGAAACUGGCAUUAAAUGUAGUUUAGUCUUUGUACACGUACUUACAAGUUUUCGAUGAAAAUUUCAAACACGUGCUGCAAGCCACGAAAAGAUUAAUCCAUGUAAAGAUAUGUAAUAUUUCUGCACUUAAAGCACAAUUAGAAGGAAAUAUAUACAUGUAUUUGAAUGUUGUCAGGACAACCCUGGUGGUAGUCUCUACCUAUAACGUUUUUAACUUAGGCUGCAUCCGAAUCUGUUGUCUAGUAGAGCUAGGUCUAGGUCUUCCCUCCGUUGGAAAU